AUGCAUCUGUACCGGUACUUGCACGUGUCAAUCACAGCCAAUUCAGGCUCAACAACAACAACCACAACAACAGCUUCAGUAUCAACCCCAGCCUCAGCCACAGCAACAGUUCCAACCACAGCAGCAAUUUCAGCCUCAGCAACAACAACAGCCCCCAUACCAAAUACAACCACAGCUACAAACGCAAGAUCAACAACAGCCACAGUUUCAGAACCAGCCUGUACAAAACUCUGG